AUGUCUAGAAGAAGUCUCCUUUUUGCUUCUUACACCAUCCUCCUCCUCCUUCCUUUUACGGUUAUUUCACAAACGUCGGAUACCGGAAAUCCUUUAGAUAUCUGUACCUCUUCUUGUGGAGGUAUUUACAUAAGCUAUCCAUUUCGACUGAAAGGAGACCCUCAAAACUGUGGAAACGAAAAGUUUGAGCUGUCUUGCGAGGCAAAUAGUACUACUGCAGUACUAUACUUGGAAUCAGAAAAGUAUUACGUGAAGUCGAUCCAUUACAAUAACUUCACAAUCCGAAUCGUGGAUUCCGGUGUUCAGAAGAAGCGGAACUACUGCUCCACCGGACUACACUCUAUGACCACCUUCAACUCUAGUUAUCCAUAUAGCUUCUCUUCCUGGUACACUCCUUACAUGGAACAAGUGCCAAUAAUACUUGUGACCUGCGCAACUCCGGUGAAUUCCACUCUCUUUAUUGAAACAGCUUCAUGCCUCAACAGCACCACCACCGAUUCUUCCAAAUACAAUUAUUUCAUGGUUGGCUCUGUAACUUCAUUUGAUUUGAAGAGUUCUUGCGAAGUAACACAAAUGCUUUUAGCAUCCCCUUCAAUCAACAACAGCUACAUGAUGUCAUGUGAAAGCAUAUGUAAUGAAAUAGUGAAUGGUUUUGAACUCUCAUGGUUUACAUAUGGAUGUCAAAAAUGCAAAUCUGAUGAGGUGUGCGACACGUCGUACGACUCUGACAUCCCACCGGAGCUCAAGACUAUCAAGUGCAGUAGGCCAUCCUCAGGAGAACGCUGGUAUGACCCGAUAAAGAAUAAGUUUUCAGGGAAACUUCUCAUAUAUAACUCUAAAUUUCAUGUUCAGCUCCUUCUAAAUGCACCCGUUUAUUACGCAAUACUACAAGCAGCUAAACUUGUAAUUGGCAUUCCUUGUUUAACUGCAUUACUGAUAUACAAGUGGAGGAGAAGACAUUUGUCGAUGUACGACGAUAUAGAAGACUUCCUGCGGACUAAUAAUAAUCUCAUGCCAGUGAGAUACUCUUACUCAGACAUCAAGAAGAUGACAAGGGAUUUCAAGGAAAAAUUGGGUCAAGGAGGCUAUGGGACGGUAUACAAGGCAACCCUUCGUAGUGGUCGGCUUGUAGCCAUUAAGAUGUUGGGCAAGUCCCAAGCUAACGGGCAAGACUUUAUCAAUGAAGUUGCGACCAUUGGAAGGAUUCACCAUGUUAAUGUUGUGCAACUAAUUGGAUUUUGUGUUGAGGGAUCCACGCGUGCUCUUGUAUAUGAUUUCAUGCCUAAUGGGUCUCUUGACAAGUACAUUUUUCUUCCACAAGGAGUGAGCACCUUAAGUUUCAAGAAAAUUUUUGAAAUUGCGCUUCGAGUUGCUCGUGGUAUCGACUAUCUGCAUCGAGGGUGUGAUAUGCAAAUUUUGCACUUUGACAUCAAGCCUCAUAACAUCCUCCUGGACGAGAAUUUCACUCCAAAGGUUUCCGAUUUUGGGUUAGCAAGGCUAUACCCAUUGGAUAAUAGCAUCGUGUCUCUGACUGCUGUAAGAGGCACGAUAGGAUACAUAGCUCCUGAGCUAUUCUAUAAGAACAUUGGAGGUGUUUCCUACAAGGCUGAUGUAUAUAGUUUUGGAAUGCUAUUGAUGGAAAUGGCUGGGAGAAGGAAGAACUUGAAUGCAGGGAUAGAAUAUUCAAGCCAAUUUAGUGAAAAUUACUUUCCUUCAUGGGUAUCUAACCAACUGAAUGAAGGAAAAGACAUUGAGAUAGAAGAUGCCACUGAGGAUGAAAUGAAAAUCAUAAAGAAGAUGAUUGUAGUAGCAAUGUGGUGCAUACAAAUGAAGCCCAGUGAACGCCCUUCAAUGACAAAAGUAGUCGAGAUGCUUGAAGGAGAACUAGAGAGCCUCCAAAUACCCCCAAAGCCUUUCUUAUAUCCGCAAGAAUUCCCGGCAGUGGAUAGUGGAGACACUUCAACUACAACAGGUGGAUCAACAAUGACACAGAAUCUACAGAGAUCAACUAAUUGAUCUCUUCUGAAAAUGCAAGUUAGUCAAGUGAUUUAAUAUUAGAUAUGAUGUGCUAGGCUUAUGGAGACUAGGUCUAGUUCGGGAUUGCUUAGCUCAGACCAUUAGCAGCUAAGCUGUAGUUUUAUUCAAUUGGUUAGCAGCUAAGGUGUACAAGUUUUAUUCAAUUGGUUAGCAGCUGUAGCUUUUAGCUUAUGAAUACUUCUUUUUGCCAACUUUUAUCAGCAACAACUUGGUGUAAAUUUUGAAGCAA